AUGGGUUGCGGAAUGAGCACGGAGGAGAAGGAGGGCAAGGCCCGGAACGAGGAGAUUGAGAACCAGCUAAAGAGGGACAGGUUGCAACAGCGCAAUGAGAUCAAGAUGCUUCUGCUUGGAGCCGGUGAAUCCGGAAAGUCCACCAUUCUCAAGCAGAUGAAGCUCAUCCACGAGGGCGGCUACUCACGGGAUGAGCGCGAAUCUUUCAAAGAAAUCAUCUUCAGCAACACUGUACAGUCUAUGCGCGUCAUCUUGGAGGCCAUGGAGUCGCUAGAGCUGCCUCUGGAGGACCAAAGGAUGGAGUACCACGUACAGACCAUCUUCAUGCAGCCUGCUCAGAUUGAAGGCGAUGUUCUGCCACCCGAGGUUGGCAACGCCAUCGAGGCCUUGUGGAAGGACCGCGGUGUUCAGGAGUGCUUCAAGCGUUCAAGGGAAUACCAACUGAACGACUCUGCCAGAUACUACUUUGACAACAUUGCCCGAAUCGCUGCUCCGGACUACAUGCCAAACGACCAGGACGUGCUUCGAUCUCGUGUCAAAACAACCGGUAUUACUGAGACGACUUUCAUCAUUGGCGACCUCACUUACCGAAUGUUCGAUGUCGGUGGUCAACGUUCUGAGCGAAAGAAGUGGAUCCACUGCUUCGAGAAUGUCACGACGAUUCUCUUCCUCGUCGCCAUUUCCGAGUACGAUCAGCUGUUAUUUGAGGACGAGACGGUCAAUCGUAUGCAGGAGGCUCUCACACUUUUCGACUCCAUCUGCAACUCGAGGUGGUUCAUCAAAACUUCCAUCAUUCUCUUCCUGAACAAGAUCGAUCGCUUCAAGGAGAAGCUGCCCAUCAGCCCGAUGAAGAACUAUUUCCCCGACUACGAGGGUGGCGACGACUACGCUGCGGCCUGCGACUACAUCCUCAACCGAUUCGUCAGCUUAAACCAGCACGAGACAAAGCAAAUUUACACACAUUUCACCUGCGCCACAGACACCACACAGAUCCGCUUCGUCAUGGCGGCUGUUAAUGACAUCAUCAUACAAGAGAACCUCCGUCUAUGUGGUCUCAUCUAA